GCGGGGUGUCUUCCUUCUCGAAAGCUGCAAGCCCCAGGCCUGGAGGUGUCUGUUGUCCCUGGGAGCCAUGAGCGGGCCCCGGGUUGCCAGCCUCAAGCCUUUGGAGCUGCUGCUGCUGCCGCUGCUGCCGCUGCUGCCGCUGCUGCUCGGGACGCGGCCCCAGGGUGAGAGGCUUCGCAGCCCUGGUCCACUGCAGUGUUACAGCGUGGGACCCUUUGGAAUCCUGAACUGCUCCUGGGAACCUCUGGGCGACCUGGAGACUCCACCUGUGCUGUAUCACCAGAGUCAGAAGUACCAUUCCAAUAGAACCCAGGAGGUGAAGGUGCCUUCCAGGCAGAGCUGGGUGACCAUUCCCCGGGAACAGUACACCAUGGCCGACAAACUCCUCAUCUGGGCGACCCAAGAUGGCCAACCACUCUGGUCCCCUGUCUUUGUGAACUUGGAAACCCAAAUGAAGCCAGACAUGCCCAUCUUCUCUGAUGUGGAGAUUUCUGAGGAUGAACCCCUGGAGGCCACUGUGCUGUGGGAACCACCCCCAUGGCCAACUCAUAAGGUUCUCGUCUGUCAAUUCCAGUACAAAAGAUGCCAGGAGGAAGAGUGGACCCAGCUGGAGCCACAGCUGACGACAGACCUACUGACUCCUGUUGAGAUGCAGAACCUGGAACCUGGCACCAGCUACCAGGUGUCUGGCCGCUGCCGCGUGGAGAGCGGAUAUCCAUGGGGCGAGUGGAGCCCGGACCUGUCCUUCCUGACGCCGUUCUUGGCUCCUGAAGAUCUGUGGGUAUCGGGCACCGUCUGUGAAACAUCUGGCAAAGGUGCAGCCUUGCUUCUCUGGAAGGACCCAGGACCCUGUGUGCAGGUGACUUACAGAGUCUGGUUUGGGGUUGGAGAUGUUACCACAACUCAAGAAGAGGUCCCUUGUUGCAAGUCCAUCCCCGCACUGAUGGAGUGGGCUGUGGUGUCCACUGUCAACACCACCAACGGGCCGUUGCUCACCAACCUGUCUUUGGUCUGCUUGGCUCCAGAAUCUGCCCCCCAUGAUGUGGUCGUCAGAAGCAUUGAUGGGAGGCCAGGGCUACUGGUGACCUGGCGACAAGGGACCAGGGAACCGUGGGUGUAUGUGGUGGACUGGGCUCGAGAUGGUGACAGCCUGGACAAGCUCAGCUGGAUCCAUCUCCCCACCAAAAACCUCAGCACUUCAUUACCAGGGGAUUUCGAAGGAGGGGUCCCCUAUCGAAUUACAGUGACUGCGGUCUUCCCAGAGGGCUUAGCUGCCGCCCCCUCAGUUUGGGGAUUCACCGAGGAGUUAGCACCCCUUGCUGGCCCAGCAGUUUGGCGACUCCAGGGACCCUCAGGGACACCUGCUGUGGCAUGGGGAGAGGUGCCAAGACACAAGCUCCGAGGCCAGGUUGCUCACUAUACCGUGUGCAUGCAGGGCAGAGACUCCCCCGUCUGCAUGAAUGUGAGCUGUAAUACCCAGACGGUCACUCUGCCCAGCCUUCACUGGGGUUCCUUCGAGCUGUGGGUGACGGUGUCCACCAUUGCAGGGCAGGGCCCACCAGGUCCCAGCCUUUGGCUUCACCUACCAGAUAAUGGGAUCAUGUGGAAGAUUCUGCCUUGGGUCCUGUCCCUGUGGGGCUUGAUCCUGAUGGGCUGUGGCCUGGGCCUGGCUACCACCAGGUGCCCCCGCCAGCGACACAAGUUGAUUCCCCAGUGGAUCUGGGAGAGGGUUCCCGACCCUGCCAACAGCAAUUCCGGGCAGCCUUACAUAAAGGAGGUGAGCCUGCCCCAGCCACCCAAGGACGGACCCAUCCUGGAAGUGGAGGAAAUGGAGCUAGAGCCCAUUAUUGAGUCCCCUCCAGCCUCUGCCCCGCUUCACUCUGGGUAUGAGAAACACUUCCUACCCACACCAGAGGAGCUGGGCCUUGGGCCUCCAGCCCCCAGGUUCUAGCCUGUGUCCCUAUCUUGGGUUAGACUUUUUUAUUUUUAGUUUUUUGAGGCAGGAUCUCACUACGUAGCCUUGGCUGGCCUGGAACUCACAGAGAUUCACCUGGUUCUGCCUCCCAAGAACGGAAAUUAAAGGCUGUGCCGCCAUGCCCAACCGACUCUGUUUUCUAGCUUCGGCACCAUUGACAUCUUUUUGUUGCUGUGGAAGAAUUAAUAUUCUCAUUGGCCCAA